ACAAAAUGGCGGUGGGUAUUUUGAAUUGAGGGGUUAGUUUUUCAGUACAAGUUUUUUAAAUAAAGUUUUAAACUUUUAAAUCACUAAAUUGUUUUUAGAAGAUGGAUUUACGGUCAUCAAGGUUACACCCAUAUGAAACGGGAGAUGAUAUAUUAUUAUACGAUGAUGUAGUGUCUCAUUUCGACGAGAGCCAGACAUACUUGAGUGACGAGAGCUUUGUGCCAGUCAAUGAGCACUUUGUUCCGCCCGAGUAUUCGAUCGACGGUGAGUUCCAAGAACGAAGAACAAUCUUGGCUGAUGGCGCCGAGCAGUUUGGGGUCACAGCAGUCGCCUUUGACAAUCAGGAGGAGCUGCUCUGGAUGGGAAACCAGGGGGGUCAUGUUACUUCCUACUAUAGUGCGGAGCUUCAGAAGCACACUUCAUUCCAAGUCCACGCUACAGAAGACAUCCGAUGUCUGCACACUUUCGAAAACGGAGUGUUGGCUUUGAUGCCUAGUGCAUUACGAUGUCAGAUGCGUCGUGGGAUCCCAAUCUUUACUCACAGCUCUGAGAACAUGGUUCAGAUGCAGUGUUUGCUACAACUCUCCCCCCAGACCUUGCUGCUGGGCGGACACACCCAUAAACUCAUAGAGUUUGACCUGAACACAUACCAAGAGGUUAAUCUGCUGGAUGCAAGCAAGAACGGUUGUGCGAUACUGCGGCAACAUAACCGAUUUGUGUGCUGUGGUGACCCUAGUGGCAACAUAGAGCUGCGGGACCCGGGCAGUCUUCGGGUUGAACAUUCCUGGGACACUCACACUGGCAGCCUUUCAGAUUUCGACAUCCACGGGAACCUGCUGGUCACCUGCGGCUUCUCCAACAGACAAGGUGGCCUGACUGUGGACCGGUUUCUGAUGGUAUAUGACCUGCGAAUGAUGCGAGCUGUAAGCCCCAUUCCUCUACUGCUUGACCCGCUGCUGCUACGGUUCAUGCCGUCGUUCUCGUCUCGCAUCGCCGUCGCCUCUUCGCUCGGCCAGCUGCAGCUCGUUGACACGGUCACUCUGUCCGAGCCCGACCUCACCGUCUACCAGGUGAACACCGGCAACUCACUGUCUCUUGCCCUGGAUGUCUCCACUUCCUGUCAAGCCCUGGCCUUGGGUGAUUCUGGUGGCAGCAUACAUCUCUUCACCUCCCAAAACAACGCCAUAUUCAAUGCCUUCUCUCGGCCCACUGAGUUUGCCGAUCCCAUCGAGCCAUUCGAUUCGAUCAGCAUCACAGAUAGUCUGGCCAUACUGUCAUCCGUUCCCCUCGUCUACACCUCGCCUCCUACCACCAUGCUCUCCGACUGGCCCAAGAAGUUCCUCAAGAAUGUUUGCCGACCCACCCCACCCAUCGACCCAGAGAUACUGAGGACAAUGAAGAUGCAGGGGACAAUUGGCUACGCACCAAAUCCGAACACAAAAUUGCGGAAUCAGGUCAGUCAUAUAUAUAUAAUUAAAAUUCAUUCCUUUAAUUUGACCAAUAGUGCUAUGUUGAAUAAUCUUUGUCCGCAGCACAGCCCAGGAACAACGCAAGAAUGAAGAAAACAGCACACAACGUUUGCGGUGAUCCCUAAGCGUUACCGAAAGCUUGACCUGAAGUACUCCAAGUCUGGGCUGGACGACCUGGACAUGGACCAAUACAACAAGACUCCGUUUAGCGGACUUGAAGCCACUCUGCCCAACUCGUACUGCAACGCUAUGAUACAGGUGCUGUAUUUCCUGGAGCCUCUGAGGCAUGUGGUGCUCUCACACCUCUGCCACUCGGAGUUCUGCCUCUGCUGUGAACUGGCCUUCCUGUUCCGCAUGCUGGACGUGUCCCGGGGCCAACCUUGUCACGCCGGUAACUUCCUGCGGGCACUCAGGAACGCUCACGAGGCGUCUGCUCUCGGCCUCAUCCUGCCUGACCAGAAUAACCCUAAUCUGCGCAAGAAGACCAACCUCAUCUCUCUCAUACAGAACUGGAAUCGCUUCAUACUCCAUCAAAUUCAUUUUGAAUUACUUGAGGAAACAAAGCGAAGGGAGAAAGAGAACCUUAAAGCUCCACCCUUUGUGUAUCGAGAUACUGAUUUCCCAUCCAUUGACUUACCACGGCAG